UAUCCUGAGAGCAUAGCUCUUCUUCUUCUUCUCCUUCCUUAGUGUGAGAGUGAGAGAUGUACCUUAGUAGUUGGAGAUAAAACAUGGUGAGGUGUUGUGGUCUAACUUAGAGUGAUGCGUGUGAGCUAUUGUGGUGGUUGGAGAUAUGAGCCGGAAAAGAAUCGAUCCUUAACAAUUUUCAUUAGUGCUUCCUGAAAAUCUCUAAGCAACACAAAUUUCCCCUCCCCUGAAUUGCACUCCAAGGGCUGACGAUUGUUGACGAACGAGAUAGCAUUGAUGUCUAAUUUUGAAGGAGUAGAAAGUGUCGAAGAGGGCCGCUUGUUCCAGCUUGGUUUUUUACUCUGGCAGAAUUUAGUAUUGGUUGGAGGAAUUUUUGGCGGAAGGCUUUCUGCAAGUAGGAGGUAGAUACGUUAAAAGACGUGGGUAACAUACGAAAGUGGUUGAACGGCUAGACCAUCAAUGAUGUACUUUUUGGAGUCAUUGCAUGUGGGCUAUCAAGGUACCUUGCCAUCCGAUCCUCCAAAGAAUUGAAGGAUGGCCUCCAGAUCACUGGUCUUGCGAUGGUAAACUUACGACCACAGCCCGGACUUCAGGAUAUGACAAAGUUGAUGAGUAGCAGUAAAUCGGGUACCCGGUGGGGUAACAAAAUUGGGUUUAUGCUCUUGCCUGUGUAUCACUUUCACAAGGCUUCUAACGAUCCUCUCCAAUUUGUCAAGAGAGCCAAAUCUAUGAUUGACAAGAAAAAGCUAUCCUUAGAAGCCCUUUGCUCCUAUAAAAUUGGCGAUUUCAUCAUGUCCUUCCUCGGUGUUAAGCUAGCGAGCAUGCUCAACUAUCGGAUCAUAUGUAACACAACGUUUCUAAUUUCAAAUGUGAUGGGCCCACAAGAGGAGAUCUCCAUUGCAGGCAACCCUGUCACCUACAUACGAACAGUCACAUCAAGCUUGCCUCAUGCGAUCGCAUUAUAUAUGGUGAGUUAUGACGGAAAGGCAGAUCUGCAAAUUUUGGUUGCCAAAGACAUCAUUCCUGACCCCAAGGUUCUAGCCAGAUGUUUUGAAGAUGCUUUAAUGGCAAUGAAAAAGCAAACUGAGAUGAACAAUCCACACCUCAUCCAUGGGCACAAAUAACAUCCUAGAUGUUUGCACUAAUACUGUAGUAUAGCAUAGUAAAGAUCGUAUCUACAGGGAAAGAAAUAUAUUUCUUUUACGAAAUGAUAACAAGGGGACUUUUAAGAUUAUUUUGAACUUAAGAGUAUUUAAACACUAAGAUGAACGACUUAUGUGUUUUAAAUUAAUAGAGAUGGAAGACGCGCCAUAUAUUGAGUCAAUAGUAGCAAUAAAAC